GUCAUAAUGGCCAAAAGCCUUCUCGUAACACUCCUUGUAUUGGUGGGAGUUGCACUGUCCUCGCGAACGACAGUGGAAGCCAUGGAACAACCAGCUCGCAUUGUUUGCUAUUUCAGCAACUGGGCUGUUUAUCGACCAGGCUUGGGACGUUAUGGCAUUGAAGAUAUUCCCGCUGAGAUGUGCACCCAUUUGGUGUACUCGUUUAUUGGUGUUGAUGACAAAUCAUGGGAAGUGUUGGUCAUCGAUCCGGAAAUCGAUGUUGAUCAAAAUGGUUUCCGUAAUUUCACCCAGCUACGUAAUACCCAUCCCAAUUUGAAGUUGCAGAUUGCUGUCGGCGGAUGGGCUGAAGGUGGUUCGAAAUAUUCACGGAUGGUGGCGGUACGUGAAAAUCGUCUUCGUUUCAUACGUAGCGUUGUGAAUUUCAUGAAGAAGUAUGAUUUCGAUGGUUUCGAUUUGGAUUGGGAAUAUCCUGGUGCCACGGAUCGUGGUGGUAGUUACAGUGAUAAGGAUAAAUUUUUGUAUUUUGUACAAGAAUUGCGUAGAGCAUUCGACCGUGAGGGUAGAGGUUGGGAAAUAACAAUGGCUGUGCCAGUGGCUAAAUUCCGUUUGCAGGAAGGCUAUCAUGUUCCGGAGUUGUGCGAAGCCUUGGAUGCCAUCCAUGCCAUGACCUAUGAUUUACGUGGCAACUGGGCCGGUUUUGCUGAUGUCCAUAGCCCCUUGUACAAACGCAAACACGAUCAAUAUGCCUAUGAGAAACUGAAUGUCAACGAUGGUCUGGCCUUGUGGGAAGAAAUGGGUUGCCCCGCCAAUAAAUUGGUGGUCGGUAUUCCCUUCUAUGGCCGCACAUUCACCUUAAGUGCCUCGAACAAAAACUACAAUAUGGGCACCUACAUCAAUAAGGAAGCUGGUGGUGGUGCUCCAGGUCCCUUCACCAAUGCCAGUGGUUUCUUGGCCUACUACGAAAUCUGUACCGAGGUGAAGGACAAAGCCAAUGGCUGGACUGUUGAAUGGGAUAAGGAUGGUAUGGUUCCCUACACCUAUCGCGACACCCAAUGGGUUGGCUAUGAAAACGAAGCUUCGGUACAAAUCAAAAUGGAUUGGAUCAAACAAAAGGGCUAUGCCGGUGCCAUGACAUGGGCCAUUGAUAUGGACGACUUCCAUGGUUUGUGUGGUCGUCCCAAUGGCUUGAUGCAUAUUCUAUAUGAGAAUAUGAGAAAUUAUCGUGUGCCGGAACCAACACGCGAAACAACGCCUAGGCCUGAAUGGGCCAAACCACCAGCAACGCCACCAAAUCCCGAUGAGGGCAGUCUAACAGUGCCUGAAGCAACAACAACCCGACGACCAAAACCCGUCACAACUAAAAGACCCGCAACAAUGGCACCAGCGCCAACAGCACCAACCAAACCACCAACAACAACAUCGCCAACCAAGAAACCCAUGAAAGCCACCAAGAAACCAUUAACCACCACAACUGGAGCUCCCGUCCCAUGGAAACCUGAUCCAAUGGAACCAGAAAUAACCGUUCAGGGAAAUACAAAUACGGAUUUGAGUCAUAUCGAUUGUAGUCACAAAGAUUUUGUACCACAUGAAGACUGCAGAAAGUAUUAUCGUUGCGUGCACGGUAUGCCUGUUGAAUUCGAAUGCAAAGAAGGCACCGCCUUCCAUACCAUCUCAAAUGUUUGCGAUUGGAUUGAGAACAGUGAUCGGUACUAUUGUACCCAAAUGAAGGGCAAAAAAUCUGUCAAUGAUGCCUAAGGCCUGACAUCGAAGCAGUGUUG